CCACCUGCCUCUCCCUCCGCUGCGCCGCUGCCGACCUGAGGCCCUGGGCAUCGGCUUAUCUUCGCGCUGCAGCCCGACCGAAAUGGAGCCGUCCGCGGGAAGCCGCCGGGAGUGAUCCCCGCUUUCCCACCGACCCACUGGCCGCCCCCUCGGCGCCCGCGCUCGCUCCGAUGGAGCUGGAGGAGACGCCGCUCACCCCUCCGAAGACCAUGCUGCUUAUACUGAGGAAAGUUCGCAAGAGGCGGGAGAUGCUGCUGCAGCAGCUGGGCUUCAUCUGCGCCAUCCUCUUCUUCGCCUGGUGCAUGUCCAGCCUGCUCUCCAGAGCGGGCCAAGAAUCAGCUGUUGCAGACAGAGGCAUUAUAUCAGGAAUAUGGAGGAAUAGAAGGUUGAUGGCAUCACCUAAUGGGACGCAUGAAGAGAAGAACUGUACAGAGCCUGCCAUUAAUGAGUUUCCUGAAGAUAUAUUUACAAAUAAAGAACGUCAGCAAGGAGGAAUUCUUCUUCAUAUCAUUGCUGCUCUUUAUAUGUUUUACGCUUUGGCCAUAGUGUGUGAUGACUUCUUUGUUCCAUCCUUAGAGAAAAUUUGUGAGAAACUACAUUUGAGUGAAGAUGUUGCUGGAGCCACAUUCAUGGCAGCAGGGAGCUCCACCCCAGAACUGUUUGCCUCUGUUAUAGGUGUAUUUAUCACACAUGGAGAUGUAGGAGUCGGGACCAUUGUUGGUUCAGCAGUUUUCAACAUCCUCUGCAUUGUUGGUGUCUGUGGGCUGUUUGCAGGACAGGUGGUCUCUCUCACCCAGUGGGCUGUGUUCCGGGAUUCUGUGUACUACACAAUAUCAGUGAUUGUACUUAUUGUGUUCAUAUAUGAUGAGAAAAUAGAAUGGUGGGAAAGCCUUGUACUCAUCAUUAUGUAUUCGUUCUACAUACUUAUCAUGAAGUACAACGUGAGGAUGCAAAAUUUCUUCACCCUUAAAAGCAAGAAUGUUGGAAAUGGUGACACAGUCAACAAUGAGCUGGAAGAUGGUAAUAAAUGUUAUGCCUCUAGUUGUGAUGACCCAUCCAUUCCAUUACUAUGGAAAGGUAAGGCUGAGCAGACAGGACUUGGAAAAAGAGUAGUUCACAGGAUAUCCUUUUUAUUUCUUUUAUGCAGAUCAAAACAGUGUCACUAUUCAAUUGUAAACAGGGUUAACUGGAUAAUUCAGCAGUCAGAUUGUCACAUUAAAAAAAAGAGGUAUGUUCUGAAAACAAGCUGCUUUGCACAUUGGCAAUUUUACUCCCUUUUUAUCUCCUGUUCAGUGAUAGAAAGAAAUAAGUUGUUUUUUUUUUACCAAGAAGAAAUGAAGGGGAUACAGCAGUAUGGCAAAAACAGUGUUGUGAUGGUGGAUGAGAUAAUCUGCUCCAGCCCUCCCAAGUACCGGUUCCCUGAAGCUGGAUUACGGAUCAUGAUCACAAAUAAGUUUGGACCACGCACCAGGAUGCGGAUGGCAAGCCGACUCAUCAUUAACGACCGCCAGCGGUUAAUCCAAUCUGCCAAUGGCUCAAGCAAAGCACUUCAGAGCAGGAGACAGGAGAAUAUCGAAAAUGGAAACAUCCCUGUGGGGAACCAGGAGGAGGAGAAUGAGCAGGACAGUCUAACUCCAUUUUCAGUGCCAGAUGGAAAAAUGAACAAAAUUAAAUGGCUUUUGACUUGGCCGCUGAUAUUCUUGCUGUUCACCACAAUUCCAAACUGCAGCAAGCCACGCUGGGAGAAGUGCUUUAUGCUGACAUUUGUCUUGUCCACUCUCUGGAUUGCCUUGUUCUCCUACUUCAUGGUGUGGAUGGUGACUGUGAUUGGAUACACCCUUGGGAUACCAGAUGUGAUCAUGGGCAUUACUUUCCUGGCUGCAGGAACAAGUGUCCCAGACUGCAUGGCCAGCUUAAUAGUAGCAAGACAAGGCCUUGGUGACAUGGCAGUAUCCAAUACAGUAGGGAGCAAUGUCUUUGACAUUCUGGUGGGACUUGGUGUUCCAUGGGGUUUGCAGACCAUGGCGAUCGAUUAUGGAUCGACUGUUAAAAUUAACAGCAAAGGAUUGGUUUAUUCGGUUGCACUUUUGCUAGGAUCAGUGGCACUUACUGUGUUUGGAAUCCAUGUAAAUAAGUGGAAACUUGACAGGAAGUUAGGCAUCUACGUGUUGCUGCUUUAUGCUAUUUUCCUGUGUUUAUCUAUAAUGAUAGAGUUCAAUGUCUUCACCUUUGUCAACUUCCCUAUGUGCCGAGAAGAACGAUGUGGAAGUUCUGCUCAGCGAUGGGAAGGAAUUGCUUUUCUGACCGAGGAACUCUCAAGCCACUGUGAUACAGAAAGUGACUUAAAGUUUGCUGUAAUGAUGAAAACAUCAGCAGGAGAGAAGGGAGCCAGGGAUGACUCAGGCCCUGUCAGAGAUGCCUGUGAAGAAGGGAAGGAGACACAUCUCUGUCAGGCCAGUGCUGUGCGAAAUUGCCUCCAGCUUCCAGGGAUCAGCAUCCUUGACAAGCUCAUCAAGACGUGUCCUGUCUGGCUUCAGCUGAACAUGAGCCAGGAAAGGGCUGGGGCGAUCCUUGGCAAAGAAACAGCAGGGAUAUUCUUAGUUAGGAAAGAAGGUAAUGUGAGCAACAUGGUCCUUGCAGUCCGCCUGCCAGUGCAGAACGAGGCUCCUGGUGUGCUGGAGUACAACAUUAAAGAAGAAAAAUCAAUCCUGUACCUGGAAGGAUCUGUCCUUGUAUUUGAGGAUGUUUUCAAAUUGGUUGCCUUCUACUGUGUCAGCAGGGAUUUGCUGCCCUUUACCCUGAAGCUGCCACAAGCAAUAUUAGAAGCCAGUAGCUUUCAAGACCUUGAAAUUAUCUCUAGUCUGGGGAUAGAUUUCUGGGAUUCCUACUUAAACCACAGGAGACAGGACUUAGUCCACCCUGCAAAAGACUCUGCUUUCAGCACUGCCCAGGCAGACAGUUUAAGAUCUGUCCAGUGUUUUGCAAGUAGCACAAACUACUGCUCAUGUGAAAUUGAGCUGUCAAUAGGAAAUGACAGGCUGUGGUUUGUGAAUCCUAUUUUUAUAGAAGAGUACAGUAAUCCUUGUCCUCCAGAUGUAUCUUCUCCUAAAGGCCACUCUGGGGGCACUGAAUUCCCCCCUGCCACCAUGAUUACUGAAAGCAGGUCUCCUCGACGUCCUCCUCCCCCUCCACCUUCUCAUGCUCUCAUUCAGAAACCUUCCCUGAAGCUCCCACAGGACCCCAUGACUGCCUGUGAAGAAAACAAGCUACUUAUUAAGCCACUAGGAAAGAGCUUCGAGGAAAUGAAAAUUGAGGGUGGUGACGCUAAAGAAGAAAGCAAGCAGAGCUGCUCGGCCAGUGCGCCCUUGGCAGGGAGCCCCAAGAAGGGCUCCCAGCCCUCUGCUCCCCCGCGGAGGCGGCUGAGUGAGAGGACCUCAGAGGAGAGCUGUGUGGGUAACCCUGAAAAUUGUGAAACGCUGAAAGGGGAAGGGACAGAAAAAAAACAAGAUACAACUGCAGAGAGCAGAGAUAAAACAUUGCUGUGCAAAAUGGCAGUAGAGAUGCCUGGGGAGGUUUCCAAAAAGACUGUAUCACAGUUUCAGGAGACAAAGCCUGAACUCGCAGAGAAGAAGGAGGACACGCCUAAGAUACAAAGCAAUGCCGCUGAGAAAGGAAAGUCACCUCCUAUCCCACCACCGAGAAGGAAAAGAAUUUCCCAGGUACCAACGACCCCCAGCUCCUGCCAGCCAAAGCAAAGAACAGCGGGAGAGACAGCUGUGGCAGCAGGGCAGGCUGUGGGCAAGGGCAGCCCAGCUACAGUGACAGGUGGUGCCACUUGCACACACACCAAGACUGAACAGGGACACGGCCACAAAUCUGUCAGCUCAGCUGAACUGGAAGGGACACACUUGUCCCUGGAGGACCUGGGAAGCAGCACCGUGGCUCAGGCAUCAACAUCUGAGCCAGACUCCUACUCCACCAGCAGCACAGAGGAUGACCUGGAGAUGCUGAGUAGUUCAUCUGGUAAAAAGCCACACUCCGUGAUCUUGGCAAAGGCCAAAAACAGGCUGUCCUUGGUGAACCUGUCCAACGUCUUCACAGUUUUUUUGUCUAGUGACAGAAAGCUGCAGAAGAAGAUAGUGGAGCUGGCACAGGACAAGGAGUCCUACUUUGGCAACCUGGUGCGGGACUACAGAGUGUACAGUUUAGAGAUGAUGGCAAAGCAGAGCUCCAGCACAGAGAUGCUACAAGAGAUCCGGCUGAUGAUGACCCAGCUGAAGAGUUACUUAGUGCAGAGCACUGAGUUGAAAUCUCUAAUAGACCCAGCCUCCUACACCGAGGAACAGUUAGAAGUGAUUGCCGAGACAGCUUUGUACAAAUGUGUCCUGAAACCUUUAAAGGAAGCCAUUAAUUUUUCCUUAAAAGAAAUACACCACAAAGAUGGAUCUUUACAGCAGCUGAAAGAGAACCAACUUGUGAUACAAAACACAACUACCACUGACCUGGGUGUCACAACCAGUGUGCCUGAAACUGCUGUGCUGGAAAAGAUCCUUCACAAGUUCACAACCAUGCACAAGACCUACUCUCCAGAAAAGAAAAUUGCCAUCUUGCUGAAGACCUGCAAACUCAUCUAUGAUUCCAUGGCUCAGGGAAAUCCAGGGAAGCCCUAUGGUGCAGAUGACUUCCUCCCUGUGCUCAUGUAUGUGUUGGCCCGCAGCAACUUGACUGAAGUCCUUCUGAAUGUGGAGUAUAUGAUGGAGCUCAUGGACCCUGCUCUGCAGCUAGGAGAAGGCUCCUAUUAUUUAACCACCACCUACGGGGUCCUGGAGCAUAUCAAGAACUAUGACAAAAUCACUGUGACACGACAGCUGAGCGUGGAGGUCCAGGACUCCAUCCACCGCUGGGAGCGACGGAGAACGCUGAACAAGGCCCGGGCUUCCCGCUCGUCAGUGCAGGAUUUCAUCUGUAUUUCCUUUCUGGAAAUCAGUGGUCAAUCGAGGACACUUGCUUCCCGUCGCGAUACCACAGCUGAGCAGCUGAGCCAGCAGUGUGCCGAGAAGUUUGAAGUGUCCCAUCCCAAGGACUAUGGACUCUUUGUUUAUGUUGAUGACCAGUGGCUGCAGCUGGACAAAGAUGCCCUUCCACACCAUAUCAAAGCCUCCCUUCUGAAGAGUGAAACCAAGAAAGAUUUCCAUUUUAUUUAUAAACCAAUUGACCAUAAAACCCCACCAGUUCCAAUUGUCAAAGAAUCAGACUUUUCCUAAGGGCCAUGCUGCUUUUUUUCUGUCUUUGCUGUCAUCCUGGAAGAGCUGGAUAAUUUACCUUGUGAGAUCCUCUGGUAUCUGCAGACCUUGGAAGUUUUCUGGAGUGUGGUCUUCAACAUAGGGCAGAUGGGCUAAUUGUAAAUGGUGUCUGAAUGCACGGCAUUUCUCAGUAGAGGUAAUUUGCAGAAGUAAAAGGAGCAUUCAGGAGAACACUCAUCCUCUGGAAAACUUGAAGUAUCAAGCCUUAGAACCUCUCAGCUGCAACCAGCCAACACUGCAGAAUGUAAAUGAACAGUAGAGAAAAUCCAGAGAUCUUGCAGAAAGGUGGACAUUUACUUUAUAAUAAAUGAUGGCAGGUGUGAAUCACAUCUGUGCACAAGGCCUUUGAAAGGCCUGCACACACCUCAAUCUGUUUGGAGGUAAGACUGUGUUUGUGCUUUAUGGUAUCUGUUCACCCAGUUUUAAUAAACUGGGGGGUCCUGUCUGAUGUAUUCAGUGGCAUAGGGUUGCCACCUGUAGCAGAGCUCCAUCUCUGUCUUGCUGUCAACAAUAUGUCUUUGACUUUGAAAUCCACAUAAUUACAAACAGUGCAAGAUGACCCUGUACUUUCACUAAGAAUAUGGUUUUUGCCUUCUAUCUCUCACUCAAAUCAGGUAGCAUAGGCAUUUUCAUCAGUGUAUUUUUCCUAAAGAUUCAAAGUCUUCACCAUCAGUUUUACAUGUACAGCAGUUUUAUUCACGUUGGUUGUUUCUUAGGGUCUGGUUAAGUGUAUAUUUAUUUUAAUGUGUAAUAUGGUGCAAUUAUUUUAAAAUAAGUCUUUGUAAAUAACUUAAUAAUUUGCCCAGUGUAUCAAACCAGAUCAAAAUUUGAAAGUCAAAAGGAGUUAGAAUUAAAUACCAAUCCUUUUUUACAUGGCUGUCAUUUUCACAAGUGUUACCCAACCUGUAAUUCCCACCAGGUUAUUACUUUAAUAAAUUCAGGCUGUUGCAG